AGGAGCUUCUAAUGAUGAGGGAUGUGGUCUAGAGUGGGAAACCAAAGAUAUUUAUAGUGUGUGGAGAAUUCUUUGGGUCACAUUCGAUGGUAGUGUGAUUCACAUGGUUAGGCGGGUGGGGAUGUGUUCUGAUGGAGAUAUAGGGUGAUUUAGAAGGAGUGGAAUAGUU